AUGGUUAAACCAAGCAGAAAAGACUGGGCUUAUAAACUAGAUGAUGCUUUAUGGGCAUACAGAACUGCAUUUAAAACUCCAAUUGGUAUGUCUCCAUACAAGCUCGUUUUUGGAAAAACAUGUCAUCUUCCGGUGGAACUUGAACAUAAGGCCUAUUGGGCAAUCAAUGAAUUAAAUAUGUGCCUAGAUGAUGCAGGGAAUAAAAGGAAAUUGCAGUUAUGUGAAAUGGAAGAGCAUAAAAACAUGUCCUAUGAAAAUGCCAAGUUGUACAAAGAAAAGGCUAAACAGUGGCAUGACAGAAGAAUUCAACAGCGAGAGUUAAAAGCAGGACAACAAGUCUUAUUGUUCAAUUCGAGAUUAAAACUGUUUUCAGAUAAACAAGAUGGUUUGGCAUGGAUGACCAACCACCACCGGGGUUCCCACACCCUUCCCAAUCAUCUCACCCUCCCAUUUCACAAACCACCAUCCCCAUCCCACCCAACUUAA